CGUAUGCCUCUCAAAGUCUCAGUCAACAAAAACUACCCAAAUCAAAUUAUCACCUAAAAAACAAAAACAAAAACAAAAACAAAACAAUUGCGUGGUCAAAUAUCAUUUCAGUGAAAAGGAAAAGAAUAAAAGCGCGAGGGUGGGUGUAGUAAGUAAAAACAAACAACACCACCAUACCAUGAUGAAGUCUCUAUCUCUAUUCGCGUUUUUCUGUAUAAUUUCCGUCGCCGCAGCCUCCACCGCUUAUCCCUCCGUCCCCGGCCUUGACUCCGGCGACUGUGGCCUCACCGGCGAUGAAACUCUUCUCGUUCCUCCACGACGUGAAGUCUACGAUGCCGGACGAAUAUUCGAUAUUUCCCACAAGUACACCCCUGAGUUGCCGGUUUGGGAGUCGAAGGAAGGUUUAGCAAACUUCUUGUGGCUUGCUGUUAGCAUGAAGAAUGGCUCACGCGCUAACGGCUCCGCUAUGCAGAUUGGUGCUCAUACUGGCACUCAUGUUGAUGCACCCGGUCAUUUCUAUGAUAAUUACUUUGAUGCUGGAUUUGAUGUUGAUUCCCUUGAUUUGCGUCUCCUCAAUGGUCUUACCCUUUUGGUUGAUGUUCCACGGGACACCAACAUUACUGCUGAAGUUAUGAAGUCCUUGAAUAUCCCUAAAGGUGUAAACCGUGUGCUCUUCAGAACAUUAAAUACUGACAGGCGGCUUAUGUUUAAGAAGGAAUUUGACACAAGCUAUGUUGGAUUUAUGGAGGAUGGUGCAAAAUGGCUGGUGGAGAACACUGACAUCAAACUUGUUGGAGUUGAUUACUUAUCUGCCGCGGCUUAUGUUAACUCGGUAGAGUCUCAUCUUGUUUUUUUGGAAAGCAGGGAAAUCAUACUUGUGGAAGGCCUUAAGCUAGAUGGCGUCCCAGCAGGAUUAUAUUCCCUCAAUUGCUUGCCUCUCAGGUUGGUUGGUUCUGAGGCAUCACCAAUACGAUGUAUUCUGAUCGGAUGAUGAAGUCCACUGAGUUGCACGCGGUAAAAGGGUGAAAUGGCCGCACGAUGCAACGUAGCCCGAAGAUAGCCAAAGGUAUCGACAAGGAGCUUUUUGAUGCAAACCAAACCAAUAUUAAUAUCUUGAAUGAUAGUUUUAACUCUCUUUUACGGGCUUAUUGUUGUGAUAUUAUUGCUGGGACCACGUUUGCUUCCCAUGUCCUUGUGCACUAUUUGAACUUGUAGACCUGUGCGCAUAAAUUCCCUUAAGCUAUUGACGCAAUAAUUCUCUCUUGUAAGCGUUAUACAAACAUUUAUACUGUAUAUAAGGGAAUAAUUCUUCUUCCAACUAUGCUGUUCUUUUAAGCUAUUGACGCAAUAAUUCUUCUUCCAA